AUGUCAGAUUAGAAAGCAUUAAAGCAGAACGAUACACCAGGAUCAUCAUUAAAUUAAUCUAGAAUACCAAAAGAUAAACUAGUUUAAGUCUUUGGUUUCUCAUCAUUGCAGUAGAGAGACAUCUUUUAAAAAGAAUUGAUUCCUUACCUUAAUAAAACUAUGAAAAAUAGCUAAGAAUUGAUUGUUGACAUGAGUGAUAAUGAGAUAUUUUUAAUUGAUUAACUAGAUGAUGAAGUAUUAAAAAAAACAUACACAUUCAUCAAGGAGAACGAUAAAUUCAAGAAUGUGUCGGUCCAAAACUAAAAGCUUGAUAGUUUUAGCAGAAGAAUAAGUUUUAAUAACGAUAGAACUGAGACUUUUAAUACUUAAGUCUCUUCAGUUGAACAAUCAUAGAUUUAUUUGCAAACUUCUAAAAGUGAUUUGAGAAAGAGGACUAUGGAUGCAAGUUAAAAUGAUUAGAUCCUUGCAACUUAUCAUGAGCAAGAAAUUUAUGAAGAGAAAGGUAUAACCUAGGAUCGUAGGAGAAGAGCAUUAAAGAAUAAAGAUUAUGAAAUAUUAAGGGAGGAUGAGAUAACAGCCAAAGUGGAGACAUUCAGAUCAUCAAUAAAAGUAUGGCUAAAUCAGCAAAAGGUAUAGAAGAAAAACCCAUGGCUCAGGAUGUCUAAGCCGAAUCAAAAUAACUUCUUUGAGAGAAUAUAAAAUCCCCAUCUAAUCCCAUUACUAUUCAGCGUCUUUAUUCUGCUAUUAAUGAUUAUUAGAUGA